GCUCAGCCAAACAACAUCUAUGAAUAAGAAUCUAUAUACAAGUCCUUAACAUGGCCAACUCAAAUUCCUAUCCCACUUCCAUAUCCUCCCUCCAUUUUCCAUCUUCUAUCCACCAAAGCAUCUCCCAAGUCCUUUCCUCACUUCGCAAAUCUGCACUGUCAAUCACCAACAGACUUCGCUCAAUCGAGGCAGAUGCAGAAUUUUCCCAAAACGUUGCGGACUACUAUGAACUGCCGCUAGUCGCCAAUGAAAGAUGUGGUAGCUGGUAUAUCCCCCCAGACAGGAAGGCCGGAAGUGCAUAUUUCAAGAGUACCGAUGGCCACGAGGGUCAGUGGGAUUUCAGUCUGCGCAGGCUAAAUUUGCAGUUACUGGAUAUUUUGAAGAAGAAUCGAGGAUGUGUUAUCGUGGAUUCUACCAGGAGAGGGAAAUCUAUGCCUGAUGCAUUGUCCAAAACAGUUCCCAUAUGGGCCGCUGUUAUGAACAGGGCAUUGUUCCCCGACGAUAAGGCAUUUCACGACGUCCAGUUCCCGCAAAAUUUCCUGGGUGCAUCCGAAGAGUCGCAGAUUGAAAAGAGAAUAGAUGCCUUUGUUGUUUCACUAAAUUCCCUCAAACUCAACAUGCAAGAGCUGAGAACACGCCUCGGUAAGCCAAUACGGCUUGCCUGGGCCACGAGAGAAUUCUUUUGGCCUGAAUACCCUGAGGAAGAAAUGGAUGAUUUCCAUCUCGUGGUUCUGUGCUCGGCCUCGAAACGCGUCCAUGGUGCGGAGAUGUCUGAGGGUGGCUAUAUCCAGGGAGCUGGAGAUGAUAGCGAGGCAUGGUCCUAUGGCCUUACUCCGGAAAUCUUUUGGGAAAAUAAAUCUGCUCUGUUUGCUACUGACGAGGGAGAUUUGCCCCGGUUGAUCCAGGAAUUAACUGAGAAACAUCAUCGCGAGAUGGGCGAAGAAGAUGCUGCAUUAAUCAAGCCCACAAAUAAUAUCUAUAUCGGAAGGAGUGACCGAAAGUGUGGCUCCGAGGCAACCGGUAGAAGAAAGAUUAAGGAAAACCUGUUCGAUUUACGGAUUAACUGCAAUGAUCCAGAGGCAGAAGGGGAUACAGAUACAUCAUUAACCGGGACUGCAACCGAGGAAGAUCGAAGAACGCUGAAUCUCGGAUGCCCUUCAGGGAAGCUUGGGAGUCGGCACCUAAGAAAGGUUUUUAGCAAGGUUGAGCAGUUUGUUUCUUUACAUUUGUCUCGUAAUCCUUCACAGUCGUUGCUCGUGACGUGUGAUAAUGGCAAGGACUUGUCCGCUGGGACAAUUCUCAUGAUAAUUUGCUUGUUUCACGAUGAAAAAGGGAACUUUGAAGGAGCCCGACGGGAUACUCUGAUUAACAAAGAAUACAUUCGACAGCGUCUCGCCUGGAUAAUAUCGUCAAAGGACGAUGUGAAUCCCUCACGCUCAACUUUGCAGUCCGUUAAUUCGUUCCUCAUGGAGAUACCUUGAUCCAGAAGCCUGCUGUUUAAAGAGUCGCAUAUCAGCCGCUUUUCCGUAAAAAAGCCCGCAUUAGCAGCAUACGCGAACUGAAACAAUAUCACGUUAUGUUAUCAGAAAUGAUAUAAUGAAGUCAAGCUAUCAUUCUCGACACCCACAUAAUCGCGCCAUUAUGCUCCUUACCCAGCAUUCAGAGUUAUGAGUUAUGGAGACUGCAAUCAUUCCAUUCAAGGGCAAGAUGGACAAUAUGACAGACACACUCUUUCAUUUCCUCAAAGUUUACGGAUUUCACCAUACAAGUAGCGGACGAAGAAUCCAGGGUUCACAAACUCGUCAUCUGCGGUCAAUCCGAGUUCUUCUCCCGCAUGUUUAACACAGAGUUGAAAGUGCGUUCCCCCCCACAACCAGUUGCUCUUUACUGCCCCUGAGUUUUGGCUGGUGACGGUGUCGGAAUCACCAGGAAACUGCAGAAGAUGUGAUAAAGUAGGAGAUGAGCCACGAACGAUCGAAGCCAUAAUCUGUUUCAUGCAUGGGUUUGAUUCUGCUAAUAUUUAUCACGGGCUCAUCUCACCGAUGCUCUUCUUCGCCAAAGUGUACGCUGCUGCAGAGAUUUACGGCAUUUCGGCGCUGAAGGAUCAAGCGAAGACGAAGUUUGCGGAGGUUUUGCAACGGAUAUUAUCCGAUUUAUGGCGGACAACCAAUCCCCUGAGAAAAAAGUGUGUCCAUUCUUUGCCUGUAUGAUUCGACAGGAAGCGAAAUUACCCUUCCAGCAACAACAUGCUCUCCUUUUGCGAGGACCAUGGUCGCUAUUUGACUUUGAAGAAGCUUGCCCGCAAUUAAAGCGGGUCAGAGUUUUUCAAUAUAUUUGCUAGCUAAAUUGGUAGCAAACUCAGACAUGACGAGUUCUUCCAUAUGAUUAAAAUCUUUGGUUGUUGCUUUUGAUUAUUAUAUUUUUUUCCAAUCUACGUACACCAUUCAUGUACUUUCUCUUGACGAGAAGAGUUUUGAUACUGUCAUUGACCCUUUGUACAAAAAUAAGAAUUUGAGUUCAUAUAAUGGAGUAGAGGAAGCGAACCUAUCUUACCAAACUUUAUCACCAUAUCAUACAAUAAACUUUCCCCAAUAUCAUCAAAACCAAUCUCUUAGCACAUCAAUGAACCCCUCCCUCUUCAAAGGUGAAACGCACAAAAUAGGCAAAAAUUUCAGCCCUGCCACUUCACCUUUCCUUCCCUCAAUACCUUCAGCACGCCCAACGGCACAACACCCUUUUCCACAACAGCCAGCCCGCCAUAUCGCUCUGCCAUCUCUUUGCAAUACAACUCCGCAACCCACUUCCAGUACAUAUUCAUAUGAUACCAAUCGGAAGAAAUGGGAGGUAGCUUCUGGUCUUGCGAAUUCCCCAAUCGAGACUGCUCGCUCAUCAGCUCUGGCGUCCGAUUGACAGAAAUCUGAUCCUGGCAAAGGAGCAGUUCCUGGUACGCCCACACCAGGUGUUUGCUGGUUGCUUCGAUGUGUCGGUUGAAUUCUUCCAGCGACAUAAACUUUUCGGGUGCCUGGUACGAUGAUGGCGAGGAGGAGCCGUCGCGGCCACCAUGACGGCGACGAUAGGUGUUUAGAACAAAGUUGCCAGUGUGGUCGGGUCCAUGUUUUUCGAAACGUUCCUUCGCGGCAGAAUAUUCUUUUUCUUGUUCGAUGAAGACUUUCUCCAGAAUCCUUUCCGGUGUCUUUCUCAUAUUUUCGCGAAUGGCGAGGAAGGGAAUCAGUGGGUUACUGAGGUCCAAACCUCCGAGCUCCACGGGGAAAUAGAAAACGCCACUGGGGAUAUUAUGAACGUUGAAUCGCUGGGCAAUCACGAGUCUGAGAUAAUCUACCGCGUUGCGGACGGGGGCGGAAGAAGAAGAGUAUUUGUUGCUGGGUGACGUGAAGAGAUCAUGCUCGAUACGUUGCAGGGUGGAUACUGCCAUUUCGACGUGCUCGCGCCCAAAACACAUGGCAGGCUUUCCAAAAUUGUUAACGAAGAAGCGAGCAAAAUAGCUGUUCCACGCUUUAAUCCAGCUAAAAAUGCUUUUGCAGGCGUCCAGCUGGUGUUUGAGCUCCUUGAUGUGCUCAUCUACCUGCGAUUGGUCGAUGAUGAAUCGUCCGGCCUCCUCGUCAAGCUUGAGAAAUCCCCAGCGCACAUCACCCACAGGAAGGGCAUCGUAAUCAAUACUCGACCUCGAGGAAGAGAUGGACAUGUCAUCAGCAUGAUCCCCGUCCUCAUCUUCGCUUUCAGAGGAGCUCGUUUCCUGACGUAAAGAUGGGGGCUUCUUUCCAAAUAGUCGGGCCGUCCCUGUUUUCUCCUCAUUGAACUCAAUUCCCAUGACCUUGCUGAAUUCAGUCAUGGCCGUCCAAGCACAAACACAUAAUUUCUCCGGGCCCCAGAACCAGAAGUCGUCAUGAAGGCGAUAAAGGAAGGCGCCGUCUGCGGAUUUUGAAACGGAGUAAUCCAUGCAGAAUAGCAGCGACUCUCCAAGGACGUCGCUUAAAGCGUGAGACAUUGGAACACCUCGUCUUCUGAUGCGGGCCGGAGCGUCAGGCCCGUCUUCCACGAAUUUCAGCGGUGCUUCCAGAAAUCUCUGAAAGAAAUCGAGCCAGACCUGAGGAACAUGGAAGAACUUCAUCACAGUAAGCAAAGUUGAAUGCGGGAGAGACGGCCCAAACCAUUUGAAGUCAGACCUUAAUACUGUUACUUGCCCAUGCAACGUAGUGGCUACGCGGGCUUCUGUAAUGAGGAGGUGAAGCAAGGAAUGUUUUCGGUCAAGGGGUGAACUAGAAGCAGCAAGGUCGCUCUCUUCGGAAUUAUACGUAGUCGUCUGCAUUUCAUUAGACGGGAGCUGGCUCAUGAAGUAAGAUUCCUCGAAAGUGUCUCUUCUAGUCUUAUAUAGAUUCUCUUGAGGACCGCCCUCUGCUUUGGGAUCCUCGUGGAGAAAGUAUUGCCGCCUCUCUAGAUCGCGCUUGGGAAUAGGGGGUGUAUUCCGCUUCCAAGCAUGUGAAUUAAAAAACGUUCCAAAUAUUCUCUUGAACUCCACCCCCCAUUUUACUCCAAUGUAUUGUAAGAAGAGUGCAUCAAGAACUUCUUCAUCCAUGUACACGCGGUAUUUGCCAUUCAAUUGUCGUCGCAUCUCAAUUGGGAUAGCUUCGCUACCCCAUUUCCACGUAUCGAGUUGAGCAAGACG